AUGUUUCCUUCGUCAGAAGAAGCAACGCAGGCCGCUCUUGCUUGGUUCAAGUCUGCGCUCAACAUCCUCGAUCAAUCCCAGCAAAUUGCGUACGGUAGUCUUGAGGAGGUCCAGGCCAGAGCUAUUAUCGCGUAUCUCAUGUACAACUUUGAGGGAUGCUCAGGUCGCUUCAGAUUUCUGCAUUCUUGUUCACUGGCAGCGGCUCGAGAAGGCUGCGUGCAUUUGGUCGAUAGUCCAAGCAUGGAACAGCAAGAUGACGCCAUUACCAAGGAAAUCAAAAGACGACUGUGGUGGCACAUUGUUUCGACUGACUGGAUGCUUGGUCUCAUGGGAGGACCAACAGACGGCACAUAUAGCGCGAACCCGAAACAAAUGAACGUCAAGUAUCCGCGUAACAUCGGCGACGACGAUGCAAGUCUUUCAGACGAAGCAGUGAACCAUCCGUCGGAAACACCAACACCACUAUCAUGCUUCCUCCGAAGAAUCGAACUUGCCGAAAUUACUCGAUCUAUUAUCGACGCUAGAGCCGCUGGUCACCCCGACGCUGAGAUCACAGACUAUGAGCGGGUACUUGACCGGAUGGACCGAUACCUCCAGGAGCACCUCGGCAUCUUGCUCUUCAAAGAGACGUUGUGCUCCUCGGGUUUUACUCUCGACGUGCCCGCCUUCAUCGCCCAUUUCUUCUCCACGACACACAGGACGCCUCGUAUCAACCUUCACGAGAAAUCUGCCUCCGUUCUGCUCGUAUAG